AUGCCCACACCCAACGCCUCUGUUCCCCUGCCCACGCCCUUCUGGGCCAACACCUCUGGAGGCAGCGUGCUGAGUGCUGAUGAUGCCGCAGUGCCUGUUGAUUCCCUAGCCCUGAGGGUCGUGGUUGCCCUGGCCUACGGAGUUGUGGCAGCCAUUGGCUUGCUGGGAAAUUUGGCUGUACUGUGGGUGCUGGGUGACUGUACUCAGGGGGUGUCUCGCCCACCUUCCGACACCUUCGUCUUCAACUUGGCUGUGGCAGACCUGGGGCUGGCAUUCACUCUUCCUUUCUGGGCAGCUGAGUCGGCACUGGACUUCCACUGGCCCUUCGGAGGUGCCCUCUGCAAGGUGGUCUUGACGGUCACUGUCCUCAACGUCUACGCCAGCGUAUUCCUCAUCACGGCACUGAGCGUGGCCCGCUACUGGGUGGUGGCCAUGGCGACGGGUCCAGGCACCCAUCUCUCGCUCACCUGUGCUCGUGUGGCCACCCUGGCAGCGUGGGUGGUGGCUGCCCUGGCGACGAUGCCCACGGCUGUCUUUGGGGCCGAAGGUGAAGUGUGGGGCGUGCGCCUGUGUCUGCUCCGCUUCCCCAGCAGGUACUGGCUGGGGGCCUACCACCUGCAGAGGGUGGUGCUGGCCUUCCUGGUGCCUUUGGGUAUCAUCACCACCAGCUACCUCCUGCUGUUGGCCUUCCUGCGGCAGCGGCAGCGGCAGCAACAGAGGCAACAGAGGGACAGCAGGGUUGUGGCCCGUUCUGUCCGCAUCUUGGUGGCCUCCUUCUUCCUCUGCUGGUUCCCCAACCAUGUGGUCACUCUCUGGGGUGUCCUGGUGAAGUUUGACCUGCUGCCUGGGGACAGCACUUUCUACACCCUCCAUACCUACGUCUUCCCUGUCACCACCUGCCUGGCACACAUCAACAGCUGCCUCAACCCCGUGCUGUACUGUCUCCUAAGGCAGAAGCCCCGGCGGGCCCUGGUGGACAUCUUCAGGAAUCUGCGAGCGAAGCCAUGGCCCCAGGGCCAGGGCUGGGUGGAGCAGGUGGCUCUAAAGGAGGUAGGCAGGCGGUGGGCAGUGGGCAGUCCCCAGGAGAGUGAGUCUUUUACCAUACUCACCAACCUGGACAAGGGGAUACUUGAGGGCAGGGGUCCAAGCUGA